AUGGAAAAACAAGCUAGCGAUUUGCACAGAAUUGUGCAAAAAUCUGACGAGUCCCUCGAAGAAUUUGUGAACAGGUUUAACAGGGAAAAGGUGUCUAUUCCAAGUUGCGAUGCCCGGACAGCCAUCGAAGCUUUCAGACGUGGCUUAGAUAAGGAGUACGACCUCUACAAGGAGCUGACCAAAUAUCCAUGUCCGACGUUCGAAGAUACUCAGGCUAAGGCACUGGCCCAGAUCAGGUUGGAAGAGGACGUGCAGUCCAGGAAAGCCUAUGCUAAUGCUGACAGCCGAAAGGCGACGUCCAGUAAGCAGCCGCCAUGGCGUCAAAAGCCUUAUGAGCGCCCGCAGCAAGUUCAUAGCGUCCGUUCCGCCGGGUCAGCCAAUGACUGGAAGAAUGAUCCUGGCCUACCUCCUAAGCUCGCCGAAUAUGGGUUCAACGUCACCAUGGGAGGUAUUAUUAACACUUUACAUUCCUUAGGUUCUACUGAUAAAUGGCCUUACAGGAACGAGAAGCCGACGGCACAUCGCGACAAAUCCAAGUGGUGCGAAUUUCAUGGGGACCAUGGACAUCACACCGACGAAUGCGUCGCCUUAAGGCGAGAAGUGUCCCAUUUGCUGAAGCAAGGGUACCUAAAAGACUUGCUGACGGAGAAAGGGAAGCAGACAACGUCAAAAAGUGACGACCGACGUCGACCCCCGUCAUCUCCAGCACAUGUCAAGGUAAUCAACGUAAUUAGUAGUGGAUCAGAUAUAUGUGGACUAACGUAUUCUGCAGCCAAGCGACAUGCACGAGACGGUCCAAAUCAGGACGCCAUUCCGAAGGAGCUCCGUCACCCGCGUGACGCCGAGUUGGAGGCUAUGCCCAUCACCUUUGAUGACGCCGACCUCGAUGAUGACAGGGACGUACACCACGAUGGACUGGUAAUAUCUCUAACUGUCAGUAAUUGCUUGCUUAAACGUGUGUUAGUGGACAAUGGCAGUUCGGCGAACAUCUUAAUGUGCGGCGCUUUAGAAGACAUGGGGAUCGACGAGCGUGACGUCAUCCGGAAAUCCACAAUCCUCUUCGGAUUUAGUGGAGAAUCCAAGCAUACUAUGGGAGAAGUGAUGCUACCCACCUUCGCCAAGGGAGUUAACAUGCCAACUAAAUUUUAUGUCAUUGACUGCCCUUCUUCUUAUAAUGUGAUUUUAGGCAGGCCAUGGAUCCAUAGCAUGAAGGUUGUCCCGUCAUCGUUCCAUCAAUCCUUGAAAUUUCCCACUAAAUGGGGAGUGCAGGAGAUCAAAGGGGACAGACGGAUUGCAAGAGAAUGCUAUAAGACGUCUCUGAAGCCCAGGAAGUCGGAAGCAUAG